CUAACAGUUUCGCUACAUUGCACGGAGAAUCGGGAAGCAUUAUAACACGGAUUUAUUUUCAGUUUUGCAUCUACAAUAAGUAGACAGGGUCGGCAGUCAGCACAAACAUGUCGCACACAAUUUUGCUUGUCCAACCGACCAAGAGACCCGAGGGCCGCACUUACGCUGACUAUGAGUCAGUGAAUGAAUGUAUGGAAGGUGUUUGCAAAAUGUAUGAAGAGCAUCUUAAGAGGAUGAAUCCAAACAGUCCCUCCAUCACUUAUGACAUUAGUCAGUUGUUUGACUUCAUUGACGACUUGGCAGAUCUAAGCUGUCUUGUGUACAGAACUGACACUCAAACAUACCAACCGUACAACAAAGACUGGAUCAAAGAGAAGAUAUAUGUCCUUCUGCGGCGUCAGGCUCAGCAGGCAGCAAAGUAAAGGCAUCAGUGUGGAGUUGUCCAGCUACACACUUGGAAGGAGUUUAUAUUCCACUGUAUUUCCAUGGCGUCUUGAAGUUCUUUGUUUAUGGACAGCAUUGUCAGUUUGACAUGGGGGAUGGGGGGUGUUACAUAUAAUUUACUGUACAUGGGGAAAUGAAAUUUGAUGAGGCUUAAUAUAGAACUAGAGUCCUGUUCUGCAGCAUACCUAUGUUUUGUAAUGUGUUACACUAAGUGCAAAAGUUGCAAGGACGAACAUAUUGACUGAGAGGGAUUCGUGCUUGCAAAAUGCUCCACGGAUUGUGUAACAACUUUUUCUUUUUGGUCAAAUAUUUAGUAGUGUGCUUACAGUUUUCCUAAACGUGAUAUGAUAUUUUUUUUAAUUUCAUGUACUCUUACUGGGCAGUUGGAUUUGAACACGCUGUGGAUUUUGAAUGCAGAUGGUUAAUUUUUGAAUUACUUACAUGUCUCCAGACUGACUAACUCAAUGUAACAGAUCCCAGAAGAUUUAUUUUCCAUAUUUGAUCUAUUAUUGUCACUAUAUCCUAACCAUGAUGAUGUAAAAUGUUUUUUUUACAUUUUGUUUUCCGUAUUAUCUGAUUUCAACUAUCCACUUUCUGUUUUCUUUGAUUAAAAAAAUAAUUGCAAAUAAACUAUUGUUUUCUGACCA